AUGCCCAUAAAAUUCUCUCCUGCGCUUACUCUCCUACGACCUCCAACCCCAGCUGCCCCAGGCCAGACGCUGCAGACUGCAGAGGGGUUGUGCGAAUUCACAGGACAGCGGCUGAACUGGUGGCAAGCCCAAGAGUCCUGUGACCAGAGGUUUGGCCACCUGGCACUGGGGCCCCUAGAUAAGGCUCUCGCUUCACAUCUGCCUACCUCGGUCUGGGUAGGACAAAGAGAGGCCUCAUUACGACGAUGUCAGCCACAGAGGCGUAAGCACACCACGGCUGCGCUGGUGUUCCAUGAGAGGAGCGCUGACAGGGCCGCUCGACUGCUCCAGGUCCUGCCUGCGCUGCCCGCGCUCACAGCUUGUGUGCAUGUUCAGUGGGAUGAGACAGCCACAGAGGUGGCCACUCUCUUCUCCAUGGCCACGCCCACUGUCACCAACGCACUGCAGCUGCGCGCCUUCGCAGAGCCCAGAGGCUCUGUGCGCGCAGCACUAGUGGUGCACGGCCACCAUGCGCCCUUCAACGCUGUCUUCCGCUCUGACCACCGCUGGCACCACGUGUGCGCCACGUGGGAGCAGCACAGCGGGCGCUGGGCGCUGUUCGCUGAUGGGAAGCGACGCGCUGGGGCUCAGGGACUCAGCGCGGGUCACCCAGUGCCGCCCGACGGAGUGCUUGUGCUGGGUCAGGAUCAGGACUCCCUGGGUGGUGGGUUCUCAGCCCGCGACGCCUUCAGUGGCAACCUCACUGACUUCUACCUGUGGGACCGGGUGCUGAGCCUCGAGCAAGUGCGCCGAGCUCGUGCUUGCACGCCACCCCCCGGGGGCUUGCUCUUUCAGUGGGACCCAGAGGCCCUGGACGUCGCGCCCUCGCUGUUGCCCACCGUGCUUGUGCGCCUGCUCUGUCCUGUACCCUCAGAGGAGUGCCCCACGUGGAACCCAGGACCUGGCACCCCGGGCUCUGAACUCUGUCUGCACCUACAGCCCUUUCUCUGCUGCUACCCAAAAGAGACCUAUCAGCAGCUUCAAGACUUCCAGUCAUGGCUGGAUCAGGACAUUAUCAGCAGAGUCAAUGCUUUGGCCAAUGCCACUGUGCUUCUCCCAAGCCCCCUGUCUGAAGCCCCCGGAAUCCUGUCCUUGGACAAGGCUUCCCGCUUCCUGGGUCUCCUGGAGAAAGUCCUGGCAGAGAAGCCAGGUCCGCUGGGGCCUGUUGCCCUCCUGGCCAUCCUGCACUUCCUGAAGAGGGUGACUGCUCUCAGGGCUGAGGAGCCAGAGCUGCCGACCCAGCCCUGGGAGGAGCUUGGCAGAGGCUUCGUGUCUGUGGCCAGCCUGACCCUGGAGGAGCAGUCAGCCAGUGUGUGGCUGUCUAUCGGUGAGGUGGUUAGAGGACCUAUGGCCCUGGUGAUGGGUGUGCAGCGCCUGGCAUCCCUGCUGAGCUCCAUGCUGACCCCUGCGCAGCCUCGAAUCCACAUCAAGCAUCAUCUUGCUGGCCUGGAGGUGCAAAGCCUGCGUCUGAAGGAGGCCAGCACUGCAGGGCACACAUUCAUCAUUCCUGGCGGGCAUCCAGAUGGACCAGGCCGCAUCCACAUCCCCGCAGGUGAAGUGAGGCGGCUCCUUAGGAAAGGCCUUGCUGAAGUCACGGUCAUCCACACCUGGUUCACCUCAAGAAUCUUCCAGCAUACCCUAGGGGCACCUGGCCUAGAGCUCCAGGCUGCUAACGGCUCAAAGGAGGCAAGAAUGCAGAGGUCCCUAAGCACCCAAGUGGGCUCAGCUAUACUCUCCUCUGAGGUGUGGGACACUGCUGGGGAGCAGAGCACAGCUGUGACCUUUCACCUGCGGCACCAGGCCCAGGUCUUUCCACAGAAGAUUCUAGAGCCUGCCUGUGGUUUUUGGAACUUCAGGGGCUCCUGGGCCACCACUGGCUGCUUAGUGCUCGCUCUACACCGGGACUCCACCACCUGCCUCUGCAACCACAGCACCAGCUUUGCCAUCCUGCUGCAGGUGUAUGAAGUCCAGGGAGGUCCUGAAGAGGAGUCGCUGCUGAGGACUCUGUCAUUUGUGGGCUGUGGUGUGUCCCUCUGUGCUCUUGCUACCGCCUUCUUGCUCUUCGUUGUGACUGGGGUUCCCACUUCUGAGCGGACCACCAUCCAUAAGAAUCUUAUUCUUUCCCUGGCCUCCGCUGAGGCCUUCCUCAUGACCAGCGAGUGGGCGAAGACCAGCAAGGUGACCUGUGUGGCUGUCACAGUGGCCAUGCAUCUUCUCUUUCUGGUUGCCUUCUCCUGGAUGCUGGCGGAGGGACUGCUGCUUUGGAGCAAGGUGGUAGCCGUGAGCAUGCACCCAGGUCCCAGGAUGAGACUGUACUAUGCAGCAGGCUGGGGCAUUCCUGUGGCCAUUGUGGCCAUCACCCUAGCAUUGCACCCUCAUGACUAUGUGGCUUCUGGACACUGCUGGCUCAAUGUUCACACGAAUGCCAUCUGGGCCUUUGUGGGGCCCGUCCUGUUUGUGCUGACUGCCAAUACCUACAUCCUGGUCCGUGUGGUGAUGGUCACUGUAUCCAGCGCCCACCGCCAUGCAGGCAUGCUGAGCCCACAGCCUGACCUACAGCAGAAGAUCAAGUUCCACAUGUGGGCCAUGGUGAAACCAGUGCUGGCCCUGUUACCCAUCCUGGGCCUGACCUGGCUGUUUGGCCUCCUGGUACACAUCAGCCCAACCUGGGCCUACGCUGCCGUGCUUCUCAAUUCCUUCCAGGGCCCGUACAUCUUCCUUGUCUACGCUGCUUACAAUGGAGAGGUGCAGAACGCACUACGGAGGAUGACAGAGAGGAAAGCAGCUGAGGUGAUCAUGGUGGAGCAGGUGCACCUGGCCAAGGGCGAGGCGGGCAUCCUGGCGCUAGGUUUCAUGUCCCUGGACCACGGUCCAGGAGAACGCCCAGGCCUGGGAUCCUCUGAGAAGAUCUGUUGCUCUCAGAGGGCUGUCCGUAGCAACGAAGCCGCUUCCACUUCGGCCCCACCUUCCCGACCCCUACCCUGGCCCGACGAUCCCUGCGUCUGGCCCCCAGCUCCUCCCAAACACGACUCAGGCAACCUGGGCAAAGGUCCCGGCGGGGGGUGGCUGCUGGCCACAAGUCCUUUCCGAAAGCUCUGA